AUGAAGACCAAGAUUACUCACGUCGCCAUCGAUAUCAACACCGACCGCGUCCAGUAUCAUCUUCACCUCGAGCUAGAGCACCCGCUACCGGGGCCACAUCUUGCUAAUGCGGAGUUUAUGACGCUGACGUGGCCUGUAGGUGGCAUCUGGAAGAUCAUGGGCCUCAGUGACAACAACCGCAAGGUGCACUGCAUGUCGUGGCGCAAGACCGAGAUGAACCACGUGGAGGUGGAGGAACUCGCCAAAAAGAUGCAGCUCGGCAAGUGGGGGCACAAGCCUCAUUGGUUCCUUCGUGACGUCAUGCCUCCGAAUGUUGCGGACAGUGCUGGCAGUAGCCACCCGGGCCCAUUGACGGCCCAUUUAAUGGCUGGUUUUUCGCCGCUAGAGGUUGAAAUCGAAGUGAAUGCUAUUACCUCUGUGGACACGGUGGGCCAAACGUUCACAGCUGAUGUGACGUGGGAAGUUACGAUGCCGGCUAUCAUCACCACAAUCCGAGAAGACUCAGUACUACGUGAGCUCAUGGACAUUCUCGCGUUCGAUGAGAACCAGUUUGAGUUCACGAACGUCAACUCGAUGCAAGAAGAGCGCGAGAUGACGUCCAGUCUGUCACUAGCGGGGCCUGUUCACUUCACAGACUCAACUAGUUUAGCGUUGCCAGUGACGGCGACGUCGGAGUAUCUGAGUCACCUGCAAUUCAGUCGUCGAGUGGUGGCUGCGUUUAGUGAAGAGAUGACGCUGCGCAGUUUCCCUGUGGACCAACAGAAGCUCACGUUUGCGUUCUCUACGGGGACGGGGGUGAGGAAGUCCCUGCGGGUCACACCGGGAGCGGUAGACGCAGGCACGUUCGCCAUCGCCAACUACAAGUUAGGCAACGUCUUUGAUGUGGUACAUUACGAUAAGGUGUUCGUCGGUGAGAUCGACGCUGAAGGUGACAAGAAGAGUAUUCGAUUCGAGAUGAUGUUGGAACGACGACCAGGUUACUACAUGACGAAUGUAGCCAUUCCAGCUGGUAUCAUCACGUAUUUGUGCUUUAUCUCGUACGCUCCGCUCUCGGAUGGCUCGCUUAUGGACACUGGUGACCGCGCUCAGAUCGUGUUGACCCUGUUGCUGACAGCUGUGACGUUCAAGAACAUGGUGGCGUCCUUAACGCCGCAGAUCUCGUACUUUACGACACUGGAUCAGUACGUGUUUUUCUGCUUCAUCAUCGCGUGUUUGGUGGCGAUCGAGAACGCACUGUCCCCGUUGUUUGUAGGACUCUUCCCGUCUCGUGAGAGCUGGCAAGAGCACAGUUUGUUGGGCUUUCCCAUUGGCUUCUUCACCCUUGUCAACAUCGUCUGGUUCGUAUCAAUCGUUCGAUCUGUAAAGAAGCGUACACGAGCGUCCGACGCACUCGUGAAAGUGCACGAGGCUAUCCGAGUGAUAUCUGCCUCAAUCCCACGCGGACAUCGCGAGGAUGUAUUGCAUAAGUACAUGCAACGUUUAGAUAUCCUCAAGUGCGAUCUCCCUACCAUCCGCUGCACUGAGUUCGGGUAUCUACAUGUUCAGUUACCAAAUGACAAGAGUUUUCGGACUGAGGGGAUCGAUGCCAAGGCGGCGCUGCAUGCUGCGAGUCGUCAUCAGGCGGAUCGAGAGUUUGAUACUUUCAAAGAGAUCUACGACGAGCUACAUCCAUCAGUGUCGAUGCUGUGCUCGGCAGAUCUUGACACUGAUAAGCCACUACGCGCUGCUAAGCCCAACGACGCGUUCUUGGCAGGCGGAGGAGACCGACGUCGCUCCGUUAUUGCACCCAGCAGCCCCGUAGAUUCACACAGCCAAGUGACGCGACGUCGCGCGUGGCCAAGGACGUCAGAGUUCGAAUGA